CCGCCCGGAUUUCUCCGCUCGUCCUUCCCCCUGAACAGCUCCACUACCAGGCUGGAGUCUCCGGCAGCACGGCGCGUAACACAACAGACUGACAGCUGCGACUGACUCAAACCGAGGGGGGAAAGAUGGAGCACAGAGGCGCCGACUUCAACAUACUGUUAGCGACUGAUUCGUACAAGGUAACACAUUACAAACAGUAUCCCCCCAACACGAGUAAAGUGUACUCCUACUUCGAGUGCCGCGAGAAAAGGACAGAUCCCACCAAAAGCCGAAAAGUCAAAUAUGACAAAACCGUCUUUUACGGCCUACAGUACAUCCUCCACAAAUACCUAAAAGGAAAGGUAGUGACUCCAGAGAAGAUUCAGGAAGCAAAGGAGGUAUACAGAGAACACUUCCAGGAUGAUGUUUUUAAUGAGAAGGGGUGGACUUACAUUUUGGAGAAAUACAACGGACACCUGCCCAUCGAAAUUAAAGCAGUUCCAGAGGGGAGCGUCAUUCCUCGUGGCAAUGUUUUGUUCACAGUGGAGAGCACGGACCCUGAAUGCUACUGGCUCACCAACUGGGUGGAGACCAUCCUGGUUCAGAUCUGGUAUCCCAUCACUGUGGCGACCAACUCCAGAGAGCAGAAGAAGAUCCUGGCCAAGUACCUCCUCGAGACCUCUGGAAACUUGGAGGGAUUAGAGUAUAAGCUACAUGACUUCGGCUACAGAGGCGUGUCCUCACAAGAGACUGCAGGCAUCGGAGCCUCCGCCCAUCUCGUCAACUUCAAGGGCACAGACACGGUCGCUGGCAUUGGAGUUAUUAAGAAAUACUACGGCACCAAGGACCCAGUGCCGGGCUUCUCAGUCCCUGCUGCUGAGCACAGCACCAUCACAGCGUGGGGCAAGGACCAUGAAAAAGACGCCUUUGAGCACAUCAUCAAGCAGUUCCCCAGCGUCCCUGUAUCCAUAGUCAGCGACAGCUACGACAUCUACAACGCCUGCGAGAAGAUUUGGGGAGAAGACCUACGAGGGCUGAUAGAAACACGCAGCGCAGACGCUCCGCUGGUUGUUCGACCGGACUCAGGAAACCCGCUCGAUACCGUUCUGAAGGUUUUGGACAUUCUGGGUAAGAAGUUUCCUACAGAGGAGAACUCUAAAGGUUUUAAGGUUCUCCCUCCUUACAUCAGAGUCAUACAAGGAGAUGGAGUUGAUAUCAACACACUGCAAGAGAUAGUGGAGGGUAUGAAGCAACACAAGUGGUCCAUUGAGAACAUUGCAUUUGGAUCAGGAGGCGCUCUGCUGCAGAAACUGACCAGGGAUCUGCUCAACUGCUCCUUCAAAUGCAGCUAUGUGGUCACUAACGGACUGGGGGUGAAUGUGUUCAAGGAUCCAGUGGCAGACCCCAACAAGAGGUCAAAGAAAGGUCGCCUGUCUCUACACCGGACACAGAGUGGAGACUUUGUCACCCUGGAGGAGGGCAAGGGAGACCUGGAGGAGUACGGCGUGGACCUGUUGCACACAGUCUUCCAGAACGGGAAGAUUGUGAAGACGUACACUUUUGACGAAGUCAGAGACAAUGCUAAGCUCAAAGAGAGCGAGCUUGAAGAGCUGCUGCACUGAGUGCAGUCCUGCUAAACCCCCACAUACUAGCCAAACCCCCUCAAAACAAACCCUCCUCUCCUUUCAGUCCUUCACCUUUUGGCCUCCAGUAUCACCAUAGAAAAUGGAGGUAGUGUGCACUGCUAACAGAACCCACUUCCAAAGCCUGAGAACCUCUGAAAAGUUCCUUAAAAUCCUGAGACUCCCUAAAAAAAUUGAUAGAUUCACCCUCAUUCCCAAAACGCUGUUUGUUGGUUCUCCAUCGGAGUGGGGAAUGAGAGAUUUGGAAACACACACCUCAGAUAAACGGCAGACAUCUCAUAAGUGUUAGAGGAGGAGGAAAUGAAGGAGAAGGUAUGGAAAGCAACAGAAAUGACAGAUGGGUAGAGGGAGUCGUCAUGAUGUUCAAACCUGCAGUCACAUCUUUGUGCUGCUGCCCCAAAUUCAACUUCAACACGUUGCACUGACCGAGCGUAUCACAGUUUAAUGAUUGUGAUUGGCUGGCUGCAGACGGGCGGCGUGUCGGCAGACUUUCUCAUGCCGACAAAAGCAAAAGAGACGAUUGUUGGUUGUUCUUUGUUUAUUUUUUUUGGAAUGAGCUUCUGGCGGCUGCAUGCAGAGUGAACCCACGAUGAGUCCAAGUCAUCAUGACAGAAAGAAAACACGAAGCCACACCCACACCAAUGACUGUUCCCCCGUAAUCUGUACAGAUCUGUUUAGAAACCAGUACAUGUCUGAAUCUACUUAGCUUCGUCUUUUAUGUGAAGGAAGAAAAAUGAUGAUCGCCUUUUCUAGCGGCGCACCGAUACCACUGGCAAACAGCAGUUUAUAUUUUUGCUUACAAGAUCAUGAAUAUGUAGACUGUAACUAAGGGUAAUGAAGGAAUUAAUUUUCCUCAGAUUUCUUGCUUAAAUCAAUAGUUAUGGGCCAAAUUAUAAAAGGCCAGUAUCUAUCCAGUACUACCUGAAUAUUAUGUACUCUUUUCCGCCAGCAAAAAUGCUAUCGGUGCAUCUCUGAAGGUGUGUAAACGAUCAUCUGCUUGCCAUUAUGUUGCCCACGUCGCGUUCACAUCAUGAAGGUCCAAUCCAGUUUAGUCGCACCAAGUAAAAGUUUGUCCAUUCUCCAUUUUGGCUUUUAAAUGUUCGUUGAGUUUCAGAUAGGUUUGAUUAAAUACGUGCACAUUGUUCCAGCUUUUGUGAUAAAUCUCAUUUUACUCUUUUUUUUUUUUUUCAAUGUUUUCCGAGUCCUGAAGAUUAGAUUUUUCUAUCAGUUUUUUUUUUUUUGUUGGCAGGGUUGGACCUUUAUGAUGACGAAUGCUCAGUCUAUGCCGUGUAAGACCAAGAGAAGAUGUAAAAAAAUAAUCAUAAUAAUACAUCGCAGAAAUCGUCUUCACUGGAAUGAAGAUGAUAUAUGUGUUUAUGAAAGAUUACAUACUGUGUGUGGCUCCUGGGUUGAAAUGUGCGUUCAGUGUCGGUUCCGAUGUGAGUGUGUGUUUGUGUGCAUGUGUGCUGACAUUUCCUUCCUUUUAAGGGACAGUGUAGUAUUCCUUUAUGCAAAUGUGCUUGUUGAUGGGGGGGAAUAGAGAACACUCUUACUUUGCUGGCCUUUUAUUCUGAGAGGAGACGCAGCGUUGUGGCAGACGGGUGGUGAUGGAGGAGUGUGUCCUCUUUGGGGCGAAGUUUCUGACGCUAACCAACCGUGCAUCAGCGUAGUUGCCGGUCAGCCCUUAGUAUCACUGCCUUAACUCGUGAAGAGCAGAGAAGCUUUGAACAGCGGUGUUUCUGCCGGAGUGCGGCUGGUUUGAAUUUAUUGUCCACCUCUAAACGGGGUCCCGCUCGCUAAUGCCUUUCUCUGAGUUAAUUAUCUUUCCAUUCAGAGUGUCUUAGCGGAGCGUCGCUGCUGUUUUCCAGGUUGCGAUGGGUCUCGGUGCUCAGUUGGCCUUUUCAGAGUGAAGGGACUUUUUCUGUCGUGGAGCUGGAGGGGAGUUAAAGGAGCUGGUGGCAUCACAGGAGAGAGGAUUUCCAGGCUGUAGAGGGCCGUUUUAAACAUUCAUGGCUAACAGAAUCCAUCAUUGGUGUCACGCUUUUCAUGCAGCGUUUGGGUUUAUUUCUGUAAUAUUUGACAUUCCUAUUAGCCUCAGCUGUACUUUGUGUUUAGUAGAGCUGCUAAAAUAUACUGUUAAUUUCAUUUUGCUAAUCAUUUUGAGUUUGAUUCCAGUUUCUUUCAUUUUUAUUUUUUAUUUUUUUCAAUCUCUAUGGCAGUAAAUUGAAUAUAUUUGGACAAAACAUGUUUGAGGAUGUCAUCUUGGGAUGCUUGAAAGACUGAUCACAAUUUUCCCCCGUUUUCUGGCAUUUUAUAGGAGUGCAGUCUACACAUACUAGCCAAACCCCACCACCAAAACAAACCCUUCUCUCCUUUCAGUCCUUCACUUUUUGGCCUCCAGUGUAACCCUAGAAAGCGGAGGUAGUGUGCACUGCUAAUAGAUGCCACUUAGAAAGCCCGAGAACCUCUGAAAAUUUCCUUAAAAUCCUGAGACUCCCUGAAAAAUUGAUAGAAUUCACCCUCAUUUUCCCCGUUUUCUGACAUUUCAUAGGUUGAACAGCUCAUUCAUUAAUAGAAAAAAUAAUCAACAGAUUAAUAUGCAACAAAAAUAAUCAGUUACACUCAACUUUGUGCUUAGUUUUCACUAGCAGAUGUUGUUUUUGGCUAAACUACGCCAUCACAGCUGCCAUCUUAGCUGCCCUGCUUUGUUAAAACUUCUAAAACUCCUGCUGAUCAUUUAUUCCCAGACUUCUGUUUCCUCCUGAGCAGCUUCGCUUUCUGCCUUUAGAGCCUCGGUGACUUGAUUUUCAGGUUGAAGAGAACCCGUGAUGCGGCUCGCCUCCUGUUUCUGUCCUCCAGCUCAGACCAUCCUGUUAACGCCCGGUAAAGACCACAGCUGGUCAACUGAAACAUCAUCAUUUCUUUCAUUUUCCUUCUGUUCUUUUGCAAACUGUCGCUGCUGUCAUCCGCCACGUCUUUUUGUUCUCCAACUGUUUCCAGUAACGACGCGGUAGUUCCUUUUCUUUUCCACUCAUGGGGUGCAUUUAGUAAAAUUUUCAUUUUACUAUUUUGAUACUGUCUCGGUUCUUACCUCAGAGAAAUAUUAUUUUGUAUGACAAAGGAGAAACAACAAAAAAAAAGCCAGAAAUAUUGCAGUAAAUAUCCUUAUUUACAAACGAUGCGGCCAUACUGCCUUCUCACUUGUACAUAAAACAAGUAGUUUGACUGAAAGCGGAGAGGGCAGGUUAGGGAGACGACCACACUAGAUAUUAUUAUUAUUAUUAUUAUUAUUAUUAUUACUGUCAGAAAGACCAUUUUUGUACCAACAGAAGAAUAUCCAAAACUGCUCGAUUGACCUGGCAGUGUGACUGUUUCUUGUGACUGCCAAGCUUUUAGCUUCUGUGUGAGAGAGUGUGUGUGUGUAGUCCUGAGUGAAUGCGUCGUGCGUAUUGGAUGAAAAAGUGUUUGUGAAUACUUUUUUUUUCUCUUUAUGUUGUUGUUGUUUUACUUGUAUGUAUAUGUUGGUUGUUCCAAAUUCUCUCCCAACACAACUGAUAUUUUAACGAACAUAACUUGCUAUAUUGUCAACAAAACAUUGAUUAAAGAUUCCACCCUGUCA